AGAGAAGGCAGCGAUCAGAAUGUUUUGUCAUGUAAUGAAAUGUUGCCUGGACCUCCUCCAGUGCCGCCAGUCUACGGUGAUAACGAUAUUUCGGAAACCGGUCAGUGACUCUUAAUU